AUGUCGUUCCGAGGCCGUGGCGGGAGAGGAGGAGGCAGAGGCGGCCGCGGCGGGAGAGGCUACGGAGCCCCCACUUAUUUCCCAGUGAAGCACAGCCCCCACGAGGACUUCCCGGAGAUCGCCCUGCCGCCGGUGAUCAAGUGCGGCGAGCUGAUCAACAAAGUGGAGAAGGAGAUUAAGCUGACCAACAAGGAGGCGGCUCUGAUAGAGUCCACCAAGAAUUUCGAGGAGUUCAUGAGGAAUUCUUGCUACCACCUAGAGCUGGAUGCCCCCAAGAAAAAAAAUGAUGGCAAGGAGAUCAAAAGAUUUUCGGACAGGAAGCCCAAAACAUACAGCAAACGUGAACCUCUGAAAUCAUACCUCAAACUGACUCCUAGAAACUUUCCUGCGGAACUGCUGGAUGGUUUUAAACAACUGCAACCAAGCAACAAAAAACGUCGGUGGGAUAAUGUUUCAGUUGGGCAGGCGUUUGAAGCAUUUGAGAAGCUUGAGGAGAAGCAUAGCAAGGAUGGGGAAAACAAGGCCGAAAAGGAUGGUGAAGAGGAGGAUGUCGAGGACGAGGAGGAAGUAGAAGAGGAAGAAAGUUCAGAUGACGAUUAUAACCAGGGUAUCGAAUUUGAUGACGACGACGAUGACUGGAACCAAGAGGAGGAAGCCUUGUUGUAUACAUUUGCAAAGCUUGCUGAAAAGAAGAGCCCUUUUUUGUGA